AUGGAGGAUUUCAGGCAGGUACUCAAAAGGCGCCGAUCCCACGAGGAUCUCUCGUCCCCGAAACCGGAAAAAAGGUCUGGGGCCCAACUGGCUACCUCUUCUUUUGGUGCUGGAAACUCGGGCCUUCAGGUCGAACGAAACGAUGGCAAUAUCACAGCAAACUUUUAUUCACAGACUGAAAAUGCAGAAGUGUCAGAAAAUCGUGCCUGCCUUCGAGCUUUGCAUGCGACCAAUCCUCGCCUCGAUAAACAAAGGAUUGAGCGAGCCAAGGGUGGAUUGUUGCAAGACGCAUACGUGUGGGUGCUUGAUAAUGCGGAUUUCAAUCGAUGGUCCAAUAGUGAGCAAGAAAGUCAUCUUCUUUGGGUCAAAGGGGAUCCUGGGAAAGGCAAGACCAUGCUUUUGUGUGGAAUCAUUAACGAACUGGCCAAGGUUGUGUGUCAUCCAGAGACAACUAUUGUCUUUUUUUUCUGUCAGGCCGCGGAUGCUCGGAUAAAUCAUGCUGUUGCUGUUAUUCGUGGUUUGAUCUUCAUGUUUAUUGAUCAAAAUCCUUCCCUGAUCUCUCAUGUGCGACGUGAGUAUGAUAGGGCUGGAUCAAAGGCCUUUGAGGAUGCAAAUUCUUGGGAGGUGCUGUUAGUGAUACUGACUAGUAUCCUCCAAGAUCCAUUGUUGGAAAAAGUAUACUUGAUAAUUGAUGGCCUAGACGAAUGCACCACAGACUUGGGGCUUCUUCUCGAUUUGAUUGUUGAGAAGUCAUCUUUAUAUCCACAUGUUAAGUGGCUCGUCUCAAGCCGUAAUUGGCUGACAAUCGAGCAAACCAUCGAAACAGCACCCCGAAAAGAGAGACUCUGGCUUGAGAUCAAUGAAGCUGCCGUGUCGAAGGCAGUUGCUUCAUUUAUCAACUUCAAGGUUCAAAUCUUAACAAGUAAAAUGAAAAUCUCUACUGAUGACAGAAAUGAGAUUUGUCAGUAUCUGUCAGAAAAUGCACGCGGUACAUUUCUGUGGGUGGCCUUGGUCUGUGAGGAAAUCUCCAGAUUUGAUGUUUCCAGAAGAGCUGUUCACAGGAAGCUACGAGAGUUUCCUGCUGGCCUUGAUAGUCUCUAUCAGCGGAUGCUUGAUCAGAUGCGCCACACCGGAGAUGCCGAGCUUUGCAAGUCUGUACUCGGUAUUUGUACCGCAGUGUAUCGUCCGAUUACCUUGGACGAGCUGAACUCCUAUAUGCCUAAUCAUAUCGAACUUUCAGAUCUUGAAGAGAUCAUAGGUCUUUGCGGUUCCUUCCUCACUCUCCGAAAAUCUAUCAUCUCACUAGUUCACCAAUCUGGGAGGGAUUUCCUUCGUCGAGAAGCAGACCACGAGAUCUACCCUCAUGGCGAAACAGCGUUACAUCAUGACCUUUUUUUGAGGUCCUUGGACGCAAUGAACAGAACACUUCGACGUGAUAUCUACAAUCUAGUACAUCCCGGAUACCCUAUAGGGAAAGUCAAGGAGCCAGAUCCUGACCCGCUGGCCCCAAUCCGUUACGCAUGCCUUUAUUGGGUGGAUCAUCUCGAGCUAUGCUCGUCCAAGGUCUGCGAAGAUGUGUUAGACGGAUUCGAGAAGGAUGGUCCUGUGGACAAAUUCUUCCGCAUAAACUAUCUUCACUGGAUUGAAGCGAUGAGCUUAAUGAGGAGUCUCUCAAAUGUUGUACCAUUGAUUCUCAAGAUUGAGGCACUGAUCAACACAAAACGAGUUGGCAAAGACUUGAUCGAUAGAGUACAGGAUGCCCGUCGAUUUAUCCUGUACGGUCAAAGCGGGAUUAUGGACUGGCCACUCCAAGUGUAUGCUGGUGCCUUAAUAUUUAGCCCAGAGAAGAGUAUAACAAGACUUCAAUAUCAAGCUGAGGAGCCACGUUGGAUAAAUCAUAAACCGAUGGUGGGAUAUCACUGGAGUCCAUGCUUACAGGCCCUCGAACAUGGAAGCCCAGUCGAGUCGGUUUGUUUCUCUCCUAAUUCUCAGCUGGUCGCAUCGUCUUGUUCGACUGGAUCUGUGAAGGUAUGGGAUUCGAAUAGUGGACAAUGUCUAUCUAAUUUCGAUGUGAAGGAAACCUGGAUUUUCGCUAUCUCCUAUCUGUCCAACUCGAAGCUUCUAGCCUUGACCUCACCUGGCAAAGUAUGGGAUAUCACUGAGAGGCUAUGCAUCUCGAACCUCGGCAGUUGUGACAAUGAAGUAUCCUGUGGCGCAUUCUUUCCGAGGCCCGAUACCAUUGUGACCGGAUCAAGAUAUGGGACUAUCAAGUUCUGGAGCUCUGGAAAUGGGGAAUUUUUGCGGAAACUGGAAGGACAUAGCGAUCGCAUCACGAAUUUUGCCUUCUCCCCAGAUAUAAAGUGUCUUGCGUCAGGCUCACGCGAUAGAACGAUCAAAAUAUGGAAUAUUGACAGUGGGAAGUGCCUUCACACUAUUGAUGCCCAUGAAGACAUGGUCAACUCGUUGGCUUUCUCUUCUGAUUUCAAGCUUUUCAGCUCCUGUUCAUUAACCUUGGAUGGGGGUAUAAAGCUAUGGGAAACGCAGAAUUGGAACUGUAUUACGACUCUGCACGGCCAUACAUCUUGGGUGGAGUCAUUAGAAUUCUCACAUGACUCAAAACUUCUUGUCUCGGGCUCAGAGGACCAUAGCAUCAAAUUAUGGGACUCAUAUAGCGGAGAAUGCCUUCAGACAUUCUUUGGCCAUCAGUUUGCCGUAAGCUCCGUCGUCUUCUCGCAUGAUUCUCAAAUCCUCGCUUCAGCUUCAGCUGAUGGAACAGUCAGAAUAUGGGAUGCCAAGGAUCGACAACAACCGCGUCAAAUUGACAGCCAUAAUUGUGAAUCAGAAUUAUACUUCUCUCAUGAUUCUAGGCUUCUGGCCUCCGUCGCGGUGGUCGAGGACGGGAGCCCCUGUGAAAUCAAGAUAUGGAAUGCUCAAAACGGGCAGUGCAUUCGGACUUUAAAAGGUUCACGUGGAAGAACAUACUCCUUAAUGUUCUCAAAUAACCUCAGCCUUCUUGCAGAGGGCUCUAGUGACAACACAGUUCGGGUUUGGGAUAUAAAAAGCGCGAAAUGCAUGCAGACGUUCAUCGGUACCUAUUAUGUGGAUACUUUCUUCUCCGAAAACCCGAGUCUGAAGAUUUUCAAUGGUACUGUCGUGUCAGAUUCAUUUUCUCUUUAUGGACCCAAUAGUCUCACACACUACGGCUCUCUACAGGGCCAAUCCGGGAGCAUCCGCAGAUUUAGCAGAUUUAUCACUUGGCAUUCUCGAUGCUUAUUGUGGCUACCACCAGAGUACCGAAAUGGCCCUCUUGUUGGAUCCGGAGACAGUGUUUCUACAGAUUCAACACUGUGCAUUAGUUGUUCGUCGGGGCGAGUGCUUCUGUUCAUCUUUGAUCCCGCCAUGCUAUUAGAUACUCUUCCCGACGUAGAACCGGUCACCUGGUUUGAUUUUAUCUAG